AUGUCUCAGGAAUCACAUCGGACAAAGACUAUCAUCCAGAGGUAUUUUGGCACUAACAAGAAAGAUGAGGAGUCUACUGAAGUUCCUAAGACAUCCAAGGAAGCUUCCCAGAGCAAAGGCAGUGCAAAAGAGAACCCAAAGCAAGACUUGUUAAAUAUUAUUAAGGGUAUGAAGGUUGAAUUAAAUACCAUAAAUGUACAAACAACGCAGCCACCCAACAGAAGACCUAGAAAAAGUUUAGAGAUUACAAUUGGCAGGCUUAAAAAAACUACAGAAAACUCCACAAAGGAAAGAGUGGAGUCCUUGAGUCCUGAGUUAGUGGCAGCUGCGUCUGCUGUAGCAGAUUCUCUCCCUUUUGACAAGACGACGACCAAGUCAGAGCUGCUCAGGCAGCUGCAGAAACAUGAGGAGGAGUGGAAGACACAGAAGGAAAGAGGAAGACACCAAGUUAGUUUCAAUAGCAUAAUAUCAGAUAUGAAAGUUGCCAAAUAUGCUGCAGUGAAAGUUAGUUCACAAUCAGAGCUUCGGAUUCAGUUUGAUGAAGAUAAUGAUUUUGACUAUUUGAAGAAGAAGGCUAAUCUUAGUAAAAGGAAGAAUAUAUUCCAGGGGAAGAGACUUAAUAUUUUUGAUCCUCAUGUUGCUGAAGAGGAACCUGAAACAGAGGGCUCCCCUUCGAUCUGGGAUAUAGAAUUUGCUAAGCAGUUAGCUGCCUUAGCUGCCGUGACUGAGCAGCCCAUCCAGAAUGGCUUUGAAGAGAUGAUCCAGUGGACUAAAGAGGGGAAGCUGUGGGAGUUCCCAAUUAACAACGAAGCAGGUUUUGAUGAUGAUGGUUCAGAAUUUCAUGAACAUAUAUUUCUGGAUAAACAUUUGGAGGAUUUUCCCAAAAAAGGACCAAUUCGCCACUUCAAACAGUUCCUGGGUCUUCCUUUCACUCCCUUGGGGCAGUGUGAUGUUAACGGCGGCACAUCAGGGUUCGAUCACAGCUCCGUGCCCCCUGGCUUCAUGGCUGCCCAGCUGGGCCACCUUGCACGAGUUGUUCGGUCAAGAACAACACGCAAGUGCUCAUCAGCUGUCACAACAACAAGAAGCAGCUCCUGGGUCCCCAAGAGUGGCAAGGGCAAGAAGAAGUCCAAGGCCGUCAGCAAGGACCUCUACAUCUCUAAGAUGCUCCUGUGUGGGGACUUGGUCAUCGUGGUCCUCAGGAACCCUCUCAUCGCCGGCAAGUAG